UCGGCGCUCCGAUCCGCGAUCUCGAGUCAUUCGCGACCACCGCCGCGGUCAUUUCUUUCUUUUCGUUAUUUCGCUUUCCUUUCCUCCCUCCCCCCGCGGAAAUCGCGCGCGUCCGGGAGGCAUGAAGUCGCGGUAACGCGAGCGGUUAGGUGUCACGGUCACGGUUGGUGAGUCACGAUAACCGAUCCCUCGCGAAUCUUCCGUCUGUUAUUCCUGGAUUGUGAGAACUCGCUGUUCCCCGUUGAGGCCCCGUCGGCUUCGUCGUACUCGACGAAGAAGCUCGGGGAGAUCGGCGACCCGCAGCACACAAUGUCGUAUCAUCGCGGUGGGCAGGCGGGCGCUGUAGCGGUUUCGUACAGCACCAGUCCAAUGGCACCACAUUCACCCAGCCGAAGAUAUUCGAGCGGCACCAGCAGCGGUAGCACCACCACCUCCGCGAUCGGUAGCUCGACGUCCAAAUUCAGUAGCUACCGCUCCACCGGCUCGUCCUCGCUCCUGGACCGGCCCACCAGUUUCUACACGUCGUCCUCGAGCUCGGGUUUACGCUCCAACUACAUCUCCUCGGAGUAUAGACGGCCCUAUUGCGCGCCAGGAAGGUCAGUCUCGUCAUCGUCGUACGGCGAAACGGGCGGCAGUGGCGGCGCCGCGUUAGCGGCAACGAUCGUUAACGGCACCAGCAGCAGCAGCAGCAGCAGCGGCAGCAGCGGCGGCGGUGGCAGCAGAUACGUCUCGUCCACGAGCGCCUCGGUUAGCUCGUCCACGUCCUCGAGAGAACGUAGCAGCGUCGACGCGUCCGCCACGGCCGCCGAUAUCAUCAGCAGGUACUCGCCAGCCGGCUACGUGCCCAGUAUUCAACGUCAACAACAAGCGAGCGGUAGCAGCGUGCAUCACUGGAGGCAUCGUUCGACGUCGUCGUCCCUGAACGAAUUGUUCGGAGGUGACGAGCGCGAGAUCGAGCGCAGGGAUCUCCGUUUGGAACCCUCGCUCUCCUCGUCAUCGUCCUCCUCAUCCGUAGCGGCUGGUAGCCUAUGGUCCAAAUCGAACAAGAGGAGACCGCCUACGAACAACACGGUGCUCACCACCAUCGGGCAUGCACGCGCGGACAGCGCUGUGUCUCUCGCCGAGGUAACGACUACCGUCGACGAUCACGUUACCCGUAAACCGAACGACGACGACGAAAAAGACCAUACCAAGGACAUUAACGGCGACGAUCAGCAUAACAACAACGGCAACGUCGGCAACACGGGACGCGACGGUAACGGCGAGGAUAUCGCGUGCGGAUACGGCGUUAAUAACAACGACGACGAGCGCGACAACGACAACGACGGGGACGACGACGACGAUACCAACGACGACGACGACGACGACGACAACGACCAGGACGAGGACGAGGACGAGAACGGCGGCGACGCAAACGACGACGAUAAUUUCAACAAUCGCCAACACCGCUUCCACCAACAGCGUCGCCAUCGACCAGACCAGGUCUCAUCUGCUAAGCAUAACGUUCUCUCACCCGCCGUCGCUGGUGGUGGUGGUGGUUUGAUCGGUGUUAAUAGCCUUGACCUGUUAACUAACCUCGCAACUAAUCCUCGUAACACCGAGCUGCUGAUCAAUAACAACGCUCAGGACAAGGUGACAAGAAGAGAGAAGGAAGAGGAGGAGAAGGAGGAGAACACCAAAAUUGCGACAAACGACGAGGUAACACGCGGCACCGACAAUGUCACGUCGAUCAUCACGUUCCUACAACGCGAUCACAUCAGCGAGCGAGAUAUUCCCGAAGAUGACGAGGAAGAGAGCAACGUGUCCAAUAGUGCAAACGAAAGCGACUUUGGCGGAACGAUCGACAACAUAGCCGGUAGACCGUCCGCCACGCAUGGUGAUGAUCCGUCCAUCCCUUCGACAUCGAGGAGAACGGAUCAAACCAAUCUCUUCUCCGGGAGCAGCAAUUUGACAUCAUCACCGACGAAUCCAUCCACAGCUCAUCAGAGUAUCUAUCGCGGGGUCAGCGAGCAAUACGAAGGGAGCCCGACCAACAGACCGGCACGUAGUCGUCUGCAAGCCUUUCGCGACGAACGAUGUGGACUAAACGGCUUACGGAAUAUUGGAAAUACAUGUUUCAUGAACAGCGUGAUCCAAUGCCUGAGCAACACGAGACCUCUGUUAGAGUAUCUGCUGAACGAACAAUACCUGGCCGACAUAAAUACCACGACGUCCAGCAUGAAAGGCGCAUUGAUCAAAGCGUUCAGCCAAGUGAUCCACGAAUUGUGGGAGGUGGGCGGUGAUCACGUAGUAAACACGACCGCGCUCAAGUCUCAGAUACAGAGAUUCGCGCCACGUUUCAUGGGUUACAGUCAACAGGAUGCUCAGGAGUUUCUUAGAUAUUUGUUGGAGGGUCUGCAUGAAGACGUCAACAGAGUUACCACAAAGCUACCACCCAUACACGGAGACAUACCUGACAGCUACACGGAUAUGCAAAAAGCGGUGGAAAGUUGGAAACGAUAUCUUCGCAGCGAAGACAGCAUGAUAGUCGACGUUUUCGUCGGACAGUUACGCUCAUCUUUACACUGCACAUCCUGCGAUCACGUAUCGGUGACGCUCGAUCCGUUUUGGGACUUGAGCUUACCGAUACCGGCCAGGAGUGGCACGGUAAAGCUGAGCCAAUGCUUGGAACAUUUCACCCGAGAAGAAGUAUUGGACGGCGACGAGAAACCAACAUGUUCUAAAUGUCAGAUGAGAAGAAAGUGCACCAAGAGUUUCAGCAUACAGAAAUUCCCGAAAAUUUUGGUUAUUCAUUUGAAACGUUUCUCUCCGAUGGAGCGUUUUCGCGGCAAGUUGAACGUGAUGGUGGACUUUCCAUUGACGGGUUUGGAUCUCAGUGCCUUUGCCGCCCCGAGAGUUCCGGGCUGCACGUACAAUUUGUAUGGGGUCGCGAAUCACUCGGGUACCACAUACUCCGGUCACUACACCGCAUAUUGCAAGCACCCGUAUUCGGGAGAAUGGCAUGAGUAUAACGACAGCCGAGUGUCCGUCGUGUCAGCACGAUCAGUCGUUUCCAGUGAAGCCUACGUACUCUUUUACGAACAACAGCCUCACAGUUCUCACUUGUAACCUUACGCCAUACCUAGAGAGUAAACAACCAUCUUGCCUCUCUCGAUAUCUCAACUCAGCCUAGUAAAACUCUGUCUUCUGACGUAUUGAAAAGCGACUAAACACUGAAAGAAACGGGGAAAUCAUUCGUGAUCCUACCCGAACAAGUCCAACGUGACCUUAUUGGCGAUAAUCGUGUCUCUUCCUAUAAUACAUUUCUCGACAUAGCGUCGUCAUAUGUAUAACAUCCCUUCUUCACAAAGAGAUUACGCAUACCUAAAUCAAUAUAAUUGAUAAUGUAAUUGACGAUCUAUACGUGCUUUUGACGUGGAAAAUUAUUUCCAUGUUUAAUGUUUGGUCGGUCUGAAAUUAUUUAUUUUUUUAUGUAAUAUUUUGCAAGACAUAAUUUAUACGUUUGCAAUCGUGUUUGAGAUAAUAGAUAAUAUAUUUGUUGUUUUAACUGCAUGGGAAUCACAGCGAUAUUCUUUCUAUCUAGAAGAAAAUACAGAGGUACGAUGACAAGGUCGCCAAUGAUCACACACGCAAUGCUUCAGAUGUCUAGUUACUUUUGAAUAGACGAGUAGUAACACAUCUCUGUCUUUUUUUCUCACUCUUCAUUGAACACGUGGCGACAUACAGCUAUUUACUUUUGUAAAAUAUUUUGUUUAUUAUAUAUAACCACACAG